AUGGAGCGGAAGACGAUUGACUUGGACCAAGGAUGGGACUAUAUGCAAACUGGUAUCACCAAGCUUAAACGGAUUCUGGAAGGACUGCCUGAGCCAGCAUUUGACUCUGAGCAAUACAUGAUGCUUUAUACGACUAUCUACAACAUGUGUACCCAGAAACCUCCUCAUGAUUACUCUCAGCAGCUCUAUGACAAGUAUCGUGAAGCAUUUGAGAACUAUAUUGCGUCAACAGUUCUGCCUGCUCUGAGGGAGAAGCAUGAUGAGUAUAUGCUGCGGGAGCUGGUUAAAAGAUGGUCGAACCAUAAAGUUAUGGUUAGAUGGCUAUCCCGCUUCUUCUACUAUCUGGACCGCUACUUUAUCGCUCGGAGGUCACUUCCACCACUGAAUGAAGUUGGCCUGACAUGCUUCCGUGACCUGGUCUAUAAUGAGCUGCAUACUAAGGUCAAAGAAGCUGUAAUAGCACUUGUUGACAAAGAACGGGAGGGCGAGCAGAUUGAUAGGGCGCUACUGAAAAACGUAUUAGACAUUUAUGUAGAGAUCGGAAUGGGACAGAUGGAAAGAUACGAAGAAGAUUUUGAAAACUUCAUGCUUCAAGAUACAUCAUCUUACUAUUCCCGCAAGGCAUCAAGCUGGAUCCAGGAAGACUCUUGCCCAGAUUACAUGCUUAAGUCUGAAGAGUGUCUAAAGAAGGAGAGGGAGAGAGUUGCUCACUACCUUCACUCAAGCAGUGAGCCAAAGCUGGUUGAGAAAGUACAACAUGAGUUGUUGGUAGUUUACGCAAAUCAGCUUCUAGAAAAAGAGCACUCAGGGUGCCGUGCAUUGCUUAGAGAUGACAAGGUGGAUGAUCUCUCCCGGAUGUACAGGCUUUAUCACAAGAUUUCCCGAGGUUUGGAACCUGUUGCAAACAUAUUUAAGCAGCAUGUCACAGCAGAGGGUAACGCACUUGUUCAACAGGCUGAAGACACAGCAACUAAUCAGGCUGCAAAUACUGCUAGUGUACAGGAACAGGUUCUUAUCAGAAAAGUGAUUGAACUACAUGAUAAAUACAUGGUCUACGUCACUGAGUGUUUCCAGAACCACACCCUCUUCCACAAGGCUUUGAAAGAGGCAUUUGAGAUUUUCUGUAACAAAACAGUAGCUGGAAGUUCAAGUGCUGAAUUACUUGCAACAUUUUGCGACAACAUACUCAAGAAGGGGGGUAGUGAGAAGCUAAGUGAUGAAGCAAUUGAAGAUACUCUUGAGAAGGUUGUCAAAUUGCUUGCUUACAUCAGCGACAAGGAUCUGUUUGCAGAGUUUUACAGGAAGAAGUUGGCCCGUAGGCUUUUAUUUGACCGCAGUGCUAACGAUGAUCAUGAGAGAAGUAUCCUUACAAAGCUCAAGCAACAAUGUGGUGGGCAGUUUACUUCAAAGAUGGAGGGCAUGGUGACAGAUUUGACACUGGCAAGAGAAAACCAAAACAGCUUCGAGGAGUAUCUAGUCAAUAACCCAGCUGCAAACCCAGGGAUCGAUUUGACCGUCACUGUUCUUACCACUGGGUUCUGGCCAAGUUACAAAUCAUUCGACAUAAAUCUACCGAGUGAAAUGGUCAAGUGUGUUGAAGUUUUCAAAGGGUUCUACGAGACCAAAACGAAACAUAGGAAGCUUACCUGGAUCUAUUCACUAGGAACUUGUCACAUCAACGGAAAGUUUGAUCAAAAGCCCAUUGAACUAAUUGUGUCUACUUACCAGGCUGCUGUGCUUCUUCUCUUCAACACGACAGACAAACUAACGUACUCUGAGAUCCUGGGUCAACUGAACCUAAGCCAUGAAGAUCUAGUCAGGUUGCUUCACUCCUUGUCAUGUGCUAAGUACAAGAUUCUUCUCAAGGAGCCGCUCACAAAGACUGUGUCCCAGGCUGAUUCUUUCGAGUUCAACUCCAAAUUCACCGACAGAAUGCGCAGAAUAAAGAUCCCUCUCCCUCCAGUCGAUGAAAGGAAGAAAGUUGUGGAAGAUGUCGAUAAAGACAGGCGCUAUGCGAUUGAUGCUGCCAUUGUCAGGAUCAUGAAGAGCAGGAAAGUAUUGGGACAUCAACAGCUUGUCUCUGAGUGCGUUGAGCAACUUAGCCGAAUGUUCAAGCCUGAUAUUAAAGCGAUCAAGAAACGUAUGGAGGACUUGAUUACCAGAGAUUAUUUGGAGAGGGACAAGGAGAAUCCUAACAUGUUUAGACCCAAAGCGAUCGUGGUCAAUCCUGCGCCAGGUGAUAGUGAGAUACCGAGCCUAGCUCAUUUGGUUUCUCUGGUUGGUUCUUCUUCCUCAGAUCAAAGUGCGUCUCUCGUUUUCUCUAAAUUCUCCAAAAUGCUGGCUAGGCUCGCUGCUAAGCGUCUUCUCGAGAUCCGUCAAGUUUUCCGUCAACCACCAUCUCAGACGUCUCGUAGCUUCUCGACGGCCUUAAACUACCACCUUAAUUCUCCUGAUAACAAGCCCGAUCUUCCAUGGGAGUUUUCAGAGGCAAACAAAUCUAAGGUUAAGGAGAUACUCUCUUACUAUCCAACGAACUACAAGCAGUCUGCAGUUAUUCCUCUUCUGGAUCUUGCACAACAGCAGCAUGGAGGCUGGCUCCCUGUUUCAGCAAUGAAUGCGGUUGCUAAUGUUAUAGAGGUUGCACCUAUCCGUGUUUAUGAGGUUGCAACAUUUUACUCAAUGUUCAACAGGGCAAAGGUGGGACAGUACCACCUGCUGGUUUGUGGCACGACACCUUGCAUGGUCCGUGGCUCACGAGAUAUCGAAUCAGCUUUGCUAGACCAUUUGGGAGUGAAACGCGGUGAAGUGACAAAGGAUGGUUUGUUCUCCGUUGGAGAGAUGGAAUGCAUGGGAUGUUGUGUUAAUGCACCCAUGAUCACUGUUGCAGACUACUCCAAUGGAUCCGAAGGAUAUACAUAUAACUACUUCGAAGAUGUCACACCUGAGAAAGUCGUAGAGAUUGUUGAAAAGCUGAGAAAAGGAGAAAAGCCACCGCGUGGAACUCAAAACCCAAAGAGGAUCAACUGCGGACCAGAAGGAGGAAACACGACACUACUCAGCGAGCCAAAGCCACCGCAGUUCCGUGAUCUUGAUGCUUGCUAA